AUGCAAGCUUUGAUUCUUAAGGGGAACCCAACUGUUUCUUCAUCAAUUCGCUGUAAUGGAUUUGAUAGAUUGAAGGAUCUGAUGAUCUUGAUUCUCUCCGACUCUGAAUCAUUUGGCCGGUUGCAGAACCUAUAUGUUGUUCAUCUGGACAAAAACCACCUCAAUGGUUCAAUACCUCCCAACUUUGAAGUCUUGAAUAAUCUCAGUGAGAUGAGGCUGAACGACAGCCAAUUAACAAGCUUGAUCUCUUUCGGUAGUUCAAAUUCUAUGCAAGCUUUGAUUCUUAAGGGGAACCCAACUGUUUCUUCAUCAAUUCGCUGUAAUGGAUUUGAUAGAUUGAAGGAUCUGAUGAUCUUGAUUCUCUCCAAGAUGGGUUUCCAGGGACCCAUCUCUGAAUCAUUUGGCCGGUUGCAGAACCUAUAUGUUGUUCAUCUGGACAAAAACCACCUCAAUGGUUCAAUACCUUCCAACUUUGAAGUCUUGAAUAAUCUCAGCGAGAUGAGGCUGAACGACAGCCAAUUAACAGGAUCUCUGCCAUUCAAAAGGGAAACCAUUUGGAGAAUGGGAAGGAAGUUGAGGCUUUGUAACAAGUUAGACCUCUGCUACGAUGCAUAUACGGGUCUUCAAGAUGGUUCUGCUUCAUCGUUUCUCUCAGGCAUCAGUCCCUGUAAGAAAUCAAAAUCAACAUCACCAAGAGCACGACAUUAA